AUGGCGCGGACCCUGAGACCUGACGACAUCAACCCCCGGACGGGACUGGUGGUGGCUCUGGUCAGCGUCUUUCUGGUGUUCGGCUUCAUGUUCACCGUGUCUGGCAUCAAGGGAGAGACCCUGGGAGACAUCCCGCUGCUGGCUAUCGGGCCGGCCAUCUGCCUGCCGGGCAUCGCCGCCAUUGCCCUCACCAGAAAGACCGACGGCUGCACCAAAUGUCCCGAGAACAUGCGUCCGUGCUGUAAGGAGGUCAGGGACCGGGAUGUCAUGGAACUGCUAAGGACCCCCUCCGACCUGGAGUCUGGCAAGGGAAGUUGUGACGAGCUAGACAGGAAAACUUACCGCAAGGACAGGAGAGGGCUGAGGGAAGAGGACACCGUGUUCAUCUGCACCACCAGCACCACCGCCGCUGCCCCGGCAGAGUGCAAGAGCCCCACCAAAAAGGUAGAGCAGGAGGAGAUGCUGAAAUACCUAGAGAGCUGUUACCCAGAGAUGCCAGAGAACGUGUUCGUGGGAGAUAGCUCCACAUACAGUGCCUUGGAGAAGAAGAGCUCUUCUUCCAGCAGGGACAGCACUCCUUGCCCUGACAUUGAAGACAACAUUUUUGUGGCUCCUAAAGAUAGUGUCAUUGUCUGCUCUUACAAGGAUAACAACCCUUCUGACAGGUACUGUUGUUACAUAAACCCCACUGGAGUCAAUUCAGACCAAGAGACGACCAUUGUGUGA